CCUUCUGGAUUCUAAAAUUGCCACUUAAGCAAUACUUAAUUCCCUCGCAUAAAGGAAAACCAUCCUCCUCUCUCUCUCUCUCUCUCCAAAUCUAGAUAAUACUACUUCAAUAGUUCAACUGCCACCAAAAACCAACAACUUAAUAGUUAAUACUACAAAUCUGCUGCUAAAAGUUAGCAAUUUCUCAUAGACAAAAACAAAAAGAACAUACUAUUGUACUAACAUAGAUUGGGAAUUGAAUUGAGAUGAUGAGAGGAAGUAACAAUAAGAAGCAGCAAAAGAGAAGCAAAGCUGCUACAUUUUUUAUGGCAACUUUGGUGAUGUGGGGAAUGUCGGUGGGAUUCGAAAUCGCGUUCAACAACAAAAAAGAGCUUCUACCUCUAAUUUUCAGUUUCGUGUUCUUCCAAAUUGCCAACUCGCUUCUUCGUUAUUGGGUUUCUAGAGAACCCCUCUUUGUCAACACCUCAGUCUCUCUCCUCCACUCUUCUCUUGCUUCUACUUUUGCUGUGUUCAUUUUGCUCAACCAAUGGAAUGCAAAGGGUUCCAUUCAAAUGUUUGAACACGAGCAACUGGUUCGAAAUACUUGGCCAUGGGCAUAUACAGCCUUAUGUUUCUCAUGUGGUUAUUUUGCAUAUGAUCAAUGGGAUAUGUUGAAGUACGAACUAUACAGUGGCUGGUUCCCAUCUAUCCUGGCACAUCACCUCAUCCUUCUUGUUUGCUUCUCGCUUGCUCUAUACCGUAAUGUCACCAUCAACUACCUUAUUCUUACUCUAAUCUGUGAGUUGCAUUCGGUCUUCCUACACGUGAGAAAACUAAGACGGAUGGCAGGGAUUCGGAGUGCAGAGAGUACAGUCGUGAAGGCAGAAUGGGUUCUUAACUGGAUUACCUUCUUCUUUGCUCGGUUACUACCCCACGCAUUGAUAUUGAUCAAACUUGUAAAAGAUGCCUCUAAGUUCGACAAGGGUGUAGAGCUCCCACUUGCUAUGUUUGGGAUGAUUGGCAUGAAUUUGCUCAAUAUCGGCCUAGGCAUGGACAUCUUUGGCGCGUAUAAGAGAGAGAAAAGUCCUCCACAGAAUCAUCAUAAGGAUUGAAGUGAGCACAGGAUUGAAUUUGUCAGCUGAGUGAGCUCUGUUGUUUGUUAUACUAUGAUGUUCUUGCAAAGAAUUUGUGUUGUUAGCGAAUAGCGAUACUGAUAAAGAAAAAACCCAAAACAUAUGGAUAGGUCUUUUUUCAUUAUAAGACAUGGGGAAUUCUUUUGGAAAAAAAGAAAAGGCACUUAGAUGUAGAAUGUGCUUUGUGAAUAUUUGUCCAUUGGUAAUGUAUUAAAGAAUGGAAGGUUGUGCAAAAAAACAGGUCCUACCGGGAGUCGAACCCAGGUCGCUGGAUUCAAAGUCCAGAGUGCUAACCACUACACCAUAGAACCUUGUUGUGCUAUUUCUUGUUGGCAGAAUAUUAAUUUUAUAUUAGCUUAAGUCAUUAUCUGAAGAGGACAUGAA